AUGUUAAGAAUGAUGGGGUGGAUUAUUGCUCCAAAAGAGGAUACGCCUUGUAGGAUCUUUGCGAUGGGAUUGGACGUCACUACAAACAGAGUUGACAGAGGUAUUAUUAGUUUGGAUGUUGGAGACAUAACUAUUCAUUCUGGGGCUUAUUGGUCCAUCAUCAACAAUGCCGUUUCUGCUUUCGUGUCAAGUUUAAAUGUUCAAUCAAAUGCUGGUUUAUACAUUUCAAGUACUUCACCAUUGAUUGGUUUGCAAGUUACACUUUUAGGUUUGUUGAAUUCCAUCACCAACAAUGGUGUUAUUUCUUUCAACGCGCUAGCUUCUUUAACUUCCUCAAAUUACAACCUUGUUGGAUUAUCAUUUACAAAUAAUGGAGAGAUGUACUUGGGUGCUUCUGGAGUUGUUG